AGAGGAAUAAAACCUUCAAGGGUUUCUUUUCAACUCAGCACAGACUUUCGCGUAAAAUUACAGACCAAAGACUAGAGCCAGAGAUGUGCGGAAUCGCUCUCAUCAUAUCUGGUGUCCGAAUCGAUUUGUCAUCCUUACGUCCAGAUGUUGCAUCUCAACUUACUGAAGCUGUGAAACCAGCGGAGCAUUCAAAAAUUUCAGUCGAGGGUCUUAAAGAAGCUCUUCAAAGAAGGGGUCCUGAUCACUUAGGAAGCAAGAAGUUAUUUCUUCAAAUAAAAAAUGAAUCUUUUCUGAAUGUAGAACAAGUAACUGAAAUGGUUAUGUCUACUGAUACAAUCAUCACUUCAUCGUAUGAUGUGAAACAAGAUAAUGGCAUAGAUGGGAUCAAUUCAGUGGCGGAGCUUGAUUUUUUUGGGGCAGAAUUGCAACUUAGAGGAAUAAGUCCUGUUUUUCAGCCUUUGGUGGAUGCUUCUGGAAAUAUCCUGGUAUAUAAUGGUGAAAUAUUUGGGGGGCUAUAUGUUGAUAAUGAUUGCAAUGAUGCCGAGAUUCUUGUUCGUGUUCUCGGGAAGUGCUGUUCCUGCACCUACCAGGAACGCAAGAGUGCAUGCUGUUGUGUUGAGAAGGAAGAGAUUUCCAUACCGCAGCUUCUUUCAACAAUAAGAGGGCCAUGGGGAUUAAUCUAUUGGCAGGAUAGAUUAAAAACCUUAUGGUUUGGUCGGGACGCAUUUGGGAGGCGGAGUCUCCUUGUUCAUUGGCCAACUUUGGAUGACCCCCGGUUAAUGUUAUCUUCCGUAUCUCCAUCUUCUGAUACUAAUGAAAAUUUUGAUUCUGGAGCAGAAGAUUUGGUGAGUGGCAUUAACUUCUGGGAGGAGCUUUCUUGUGGGAUAUAUAGCAUAUGCUUCAAUGCUUCAGAAACAAAAGAAUGCUUAGUUGGUGAAGUCAAGAAGCAUGAAUGGACUGACCCCCUUCUGAGUGAACUGAUUAAGUGGGAGAGAAGUGAUGUAGAACCCAAAGGGAUCAUUCCACCUUCAGUUUCACUGCCAGUGCAAAAGGUGCUUAAUGUUCUCAGAGAGUCUGUCAUGCGGCGUACCAUUUUAAACACAGUGUUUCAGGAAAUUAAACAUGAAACCCGAGUAGAGACCUUUGUUCCGAUAGCAGUUCUGUUUUCUGGUGGAAUAGAUUCAAUGAUACUCGCAGCAUUACUGGAUCAAUGCCUAGAUCCCAGCUAUGACAUCGAUCUGCUAAACGUGAGCUUUGAUGGCCAGUCUGCUCCAGAUAGAAUAUCGUCCAGGGCAGGAGUGAAGGAACUUCAGAGAAUUGCACCUUCCCGAAGGUGGAACCUUGUGGAGAUAGAUCAUGCAUUGUCAAACUUGAUCUGCGAAACAAAGCAUGUCAUGUCACUCAUAUAUCCGUCUAAUACAUACAUGGACCUGAACAUCGGAAUAGCAUUAUGGUUAGCAGCUGGUGGUGAUGGUUGGGUAGAGAAAGACAACCAUCAGCGUGUCAAGUACAAGUCUGAAGCCAAAAUUCUCCUUGUUGGUUCUGGUGCUGACGAGCAAUGUGCUGGGUAUAGUAGAUACAGGACUAAGUAUCGAUCAGGAGGCUGGCUUGGGUUGCACAAAGAAAUGAAGUUAGAUAUGCAGAGAAUUUGGAAAAUAAAUCUGGGAAGGGAUGACAGAUGCAUUUCUGACAAUGGAAAAGAGGCUAGAUUUCCGUUCUUGGACGAGGAUGUUAUCAAGACUCUUUUAGAAAUUCCACUAUGGGAAGUUGCUGAUCUAGAACAGGCAGCUGGAAAAGGUGAUAAGAAGAUUCUAAGAGAGGUCGCACAGCUGUUGGGUUUAGAAGCAGCAGCAUUUCUCCCCAAGAGAGCAAUCCAGUUUGGCUCUAGAAUAGCAAGGGAAUCAAAUAGGAAGAACUUUGGAAGCAACCAUGCUGCAAAUCAGGCAUCUGCAGGGAGUGUUGUAGUCCACAAUCCAUCAACAAAAUAGCAUGAAAGUGGCGCUUCUCAGGAUAGCAAAGUGGAGUAUCUUGGGUUCGACUUCCCAAAUGAUGAAGAUAAGACGUUUCGGUUUAACUUGUUCAAACAUAUGUAUUCCUUGAACAGUCCUAAAAAGAGGAUUGAUGUAAACCAUGGUAUUCCAAGAGUUUAUCUGUAGGAUUGUUUAUCAAACUGAUUACCAGUUUAGAAACUAAACAAAUUUCAGCCACCACUUCAAGAGUUCA